AUGGCACCGGGAGUAGUUGACUUGGCAUUGGAGCCCGAAGCACCAAUAAACGCCACUCCGAAAUCACUAAACGGCGCCCUGAUUACUGAGAAAUCGAAAGAGCUCAUCGAAAAUGUCUCGUCGUUUCUCGACUCGAAAUACGAGAUUACCGAGCAGCCCAUUGGCACCCGGCGGCCCAUCCGCGUCGUCUGUCUAGGUGCCGGGUAUAGCGGGCUGAUGAUGAGCAUCAUGUUCAGCCAGAAGAUGCAAGGCAAGAACGCCGAGCUCGUGGUAUACGAGAGGAAUCUGGACUUGGGCGGCACCUGGCUCGAGAAUAGAUACCCCGGCUGCAAGUGCGACAUUCCUGCACACAACUACGCCUACAGCUUUGCACCCAAGCCGGACUGGCCGAAUUAUUAUGCCACAUCGCAGCAGAUCCACCAAUAUAUGCACGAAGUCGCGGACAAGUACGACUGCAAAAAGUACAUCAAGCUGCAGCACUCGGUCCAGUCCGCCACGUGGAACGAGGGCAGCGGUAAAUGGGACUUGAAGGUCAAGGACGCCAGCGGUUCUAUCAUCACCGACGAGGCAGAUGUCUUCAUAAACGCAAGCGGUGUUCUCAAUAAUUGGAAGUGGCCAAGCAUCAAAGGCAUCGACAAAUACCAAGGCAAGCUGGUGCACUCCGCGCGCUGGGACGAGAGCUACGACUUCGCCGGCAAGAAGACGGCCGUCAUCGGGAUUGGCUCGUCCGGCAUCCAAAUCGUCCCUAAGCUCGCCAAGGUCUGCGGCUCGAUGGACCUCUUUGUCCGCUCCAAGACCUGGAUCUCGCCCGCCCCCGGCAUAAACGAGCCCACCGACCAGGACCCCGAGAUGGACCCCGACUACAACUUUAGCGAAAGGACCUUGGAGCUCUUCAAGGACCCUCAGGUCCUGCGCAGCUACCGCGCGGCUCUCAUGGACAGGCGCAUCAACAACUUCAAGCGCGCCAUGGCCGACAGCGACAUCCAGGCCAAGGCGCAGGAGCUGUUCCGCAAGAGCAUGAUCGAGCGCCUUGGCGACGGCGAAAAGGGCCGCAGGGCUGCCCAAAUGCUCCUCCCAGACUUUCCCGUCGGCUGCAGACGGCAGACACCUGGACCGGGUUUCCUGGAAGCGCUCGGCCAGGACAAUAUCGAAUUACGAUGGGACGACGUCGAGUGCUUCACCGACAAGGGCAUAUUGACCAAGUCUGGGGAGGAGCGCGAGUACGACGUCGUUGUAUGCGCAACUGGGUUUGACACAACCUUCAAGCCGGCGUUCCCCAUCAUUGGUCGGAACGGGGUCGACCUGGCAGAGAAAUGGGAGGGCAGGCCCGAGGCCUAUUUUGGCAUUGCCGUGCCCGACAUGCCCAACUACUUCUGCUUCGUGGGCCCAAACAGCCCCAUCAGCAAUGGUUCUCUGGUCAUGGGCAUCCAGAACACGGCCAUCUAUAUCUACAAGUGGUUGGAGAAGAUGCAAACAGAGGGCAUCAAGUCCUUCGAAGUCGACAGCAAGGUCAAUGCAGAGUAUAACCAGCACAUCCAAAAGUACCUCGAGAGGACCGUCUGGACCCGGGGGUGCCGCAGUUGGUACAAGAGAGGUACAGUCGACGGACCCGUCGUCGCCAUCUACGGCGGGACGACCUUCCACUUCAUGGAGGCCCUGAAGAACCCGCGCUGGGAGGAUUUCAGACUGGAGAGGGGGGGCAAUGCCAAGGUCAACCGCUUCGCAUAUCUCGGGGACGGCUUCACCCGGAGGGAACAAGAGUCAGGUUCUGUUGGGGCGACCCAGACGGUGGACCUCGAUGAGUACUGGAAUCUGUUUGUCUUGCCAGAGAUUCAUUCUUAG